CUCCUCCCACAAUGUCCUCCUCUCCUCAACCCGAACCCCAACCCCAACCCCAACCCCAAUCACCACCACCACAAUCACCACCUCCCUCACCUCCCACCACCGCCGCAAUCACAACCACCACCACAUCAACCCCACCACCACCACCACCACCAAUCAUCCAAGCCCUCUCAUACUCACCCCUCAAAAAACCCCAACCAAUCCCAUGGUCCCACGAAGAAACCCUGAACCUCAUCAAAGCUUACCAAGAAAAAUGGUACUCCCUCAAACGCGGCCAAUUAAAAGCCUCUCAAUGGGAGGAAGUCGCCAUCACUGUCGCUGCUCGUUGCGGCCUUGACGACCCCUCUAAGUCCGGCACUCAGUGCCGCCACAAGAUCGAGAAGCUUCGAAAGCGGUACCGUGCCGAAAAGCAGAAGAUGGGUCCUAAUUUCAAUUACCACAAUCAUCCUUGGAUCUAUUUUAGUCUGAUGGAUCAGCUCGAGCGGGGUCCUCUCCCCAUCUCCGCUAUCGCUCCCGCUGACAAUAAUAAUAACAGCAGCAGGUACUACGAUGUCAAUGGUAACAAUAAUAGUAAUCAUUAUGUCAGACACGGUAGCGACGAUGAUGACGAGGAAGGCGGGGGUGUUCGCUUCGGGAGUAUGGAGAAGCUGAGGAGGGAUUUGAAGAGGGGUUUCGGAAGAAGAGGGGGUGAUUUUGGAGGUCUCAACAAGCGGAAGAGUUAUUGGGAAGGUGAUGAUGAUGAGGUUGGCUUUGAAGAUGGAGAUGAGGAGGUUGGUGGGGUUCAGGAGAGAGAAAAUGGGAGGAAUUUCAUGGCUCAAUUGGGUGCUCAAUUCAGGGGAUUUGCUGAGAAUUUUGUCAGAAUUGAGAAGAAGAAAUUGGAUUUCAUGAGAGAUAAUCAAAGAUUGAGGAUUGAAAUGGAGAGUAAGAAGAGGGAGAUGAUUCUUGUUUAUCAACAUAAAACUAUUCAGUUGAUUAACAAGGCUUUUACUGAUGCUUCUGCUGCUGCUUCUUCCUCUCAAAAGAAGAUGAAGAUGAUGAGUCCAGAUUUGUGAUCAAAACUUUCAAUUUUUUUUUAUGUCCCAAGUUAGUUGUCCCGUUACUAGUUCAAAUUAUACUUGUAACGGAAUUAUUAGUAUCGAAUCGAAUCCAAAGAGAGUAAUUUAUUUUUCUUGUUGUUAAUUUUGUGUUACAAACUUGCAAUAAAGUUUAGGUUGAUGAUGGAUGAUCUGCAUUUUUAUUUGGUAGUCUCUGAAAGUAGAAAUGGUACUUUGGGUGUAGUUUUGUAAUAUUGAGUAGGGUCAAUCUUGUAAUAUACCAAGUACUGUACUUCAUAGUGAUAUCAAAACUAUGAUUUACUAAAUUGUACUGUAUGAAGUUGAGAAGAACUCAGAAUAACAAAAAUGAUGUUCUUCAAAAGAAUCUUGUCUUUUUUUUUUUUUGGUGUUUAAAAGAAUCUUGUCUUUACUUUGCAUGUUCAAA